UAUUGGGACAGAAAGGGUGGAGACUACUACUCUUCAGUUCUCCACUGUAUUCAAGACAACAUGCUAUAUGCCCAGAGGAAACAAACUAUAACAUGAAACUUUUUGAAAAUAUAUUUUAAUUAUUUCAAAUAUAUUUGUCUAAUGACAAUUAAUGUAAGUUGUUUUGAAAUUUUGUUCACUCCUUGUUUUACCAAACUUUUGCCAUUUGGGCUGUGUGAUCCUUCAGUGCAGCCCCUUUGUAGCAAAAACAGCAGGACAUGUACCUGUGCUUUGAAACACAUCAAACCAGUGGCUUUCUGGGGGUAUUGAUAUGAAAUACAACCUGACUGGUCUCCCUUUCCUCUUGAUGCCCUGACUAUAAUUUAUGCUGUAAAAUUGUGAUGAUUUAUCUUGUAAAAUUUGAGAUUAUUUUUUAUACAGUUUUUAUACAGUUUGUUCAAACCUCUAAGGUACAUAGGCACUUCUGACCUGCCUUUGAUAUUUUAGAGGCACUAUCUUUUGCUACUAAGCAAUAAAAAAUACCAAAAAUAAUUCAAUUUAUGUGCUUAUUAUUAUCCUAGGAAACAGUAGCUCUGGGCAUGACACAAACUGCUGCUUUAUUUGAAUACAGCAAUAGUCCAGAAAAUUUACAGUAAAAUAUGCAGUGCAAGACAAUGGGAAGAUACAUGAAGAUACACAAAGACAAAGCAGUACAAUAAUACUGUGUCAUCACCAGCCCAAGCCAGACCCUUGGUGACUGUUAGCAGAUGUUCUCACCGUUCAGUGAGGCGGCUGCAAAGUUGUACAUCUUCUGAGCACUAACAUAGAAACAGGGUAGUAGUAAAGUCCAUUGUUAGUAGUCAGCAGUGAAACUGGAUUGCCUCAUCAGGAAAUGCCACUCGUAAGAGUUACAGAAUGAUAAUAUAACCUCAGUUCCAAAGAUUUACUAGGAAUGAAGAAACACGGAAAGAGGCUGUCUUUAAUCUCUUCAAAAACUGUAGCACAGACUUGCACAAGUCAGUGGUGUUACUUACCAUCUUUGGCCUGGUCCUUUAUGUGCUGCUGGUACUUUACAAGACAUCCACAUCUAUAGCAGCUGCUCCUCCUGUUAAAACCUUGUUCCAUUUUACAACCACUUUGAGUGGAUUUUGUCAAUCCAUGAGUGGGACAAGGCUCAAGGAAGCUGUGUCAAGGAGAUGCUUCAGUAGAUGGCACUCUCCCUCUGAAGGAGAAUGAGCAAAUACCUCAGCCAAGGAAUUUGAUGCAAUGAGAACAACUUCCUUUAUACCCUACAAAAUUACAAUGAAUGCAAAUGAAGCUCUGCCUAGCUUUGCAAUGAAGUAACCUCUGGCAGAUCUUCACAAAUCAAUCUAUCAAGUCCUCACAUCUGACUUCCUACCUGCUUAAAUGACUGUAGUCCAUUACUGUUCAUCUGAAUUCCUCCUGAAAUUGUAAUGGUGAAUAUAUACAUACAUACACACAUGUACACAAGUGUAUAUAUUUGUUAUAUGUAUUAUAUAUAUAUAUAUAUAUACAAAUAUACAAAAGAGCUCAGUAGUAUUGUAAAUUGCACACAUUAGACUCAGGCUCUGCAGUUGUUCUGCUUCCCCAAUCAUCUUUUUCAAAUUCAUUCUUUUAUUCUACUCUUUUGUUAAUGGUAGAUCCAGUUUGAGGACUUAAGUCCUAUGGUUUGUUGAUUGUUUUCUGUUGGUAUUUCAUAGUCACAAAAUUUCAUAGAUCUGGAAAUUGUUCAAACCAGUUUACAGAGCAGUUGCACUGAAUUAGUACAAGUGAGGAGGCCUUAACUGCAGGUAUGGGAACAAUAAAGACCUGCUAGGCAUUAGGGGAGCUAUAACCUUUAAAAUCACAUCUGUUCCUAACCAAGCAGUAAUGCACAGCCAUCAUACAGCUUUCUAAACUGUACAGUGAUUUCCUCACUCUUGAACAGGAAGGAGAGAGAAGAGAGUGAAAGAAAUGUGUAUAAGACAAAGUUGCAAUAAAAAAUGUCAUGGGAUAAAUUUAUAAAAUGUAAAUUUAAUUAUUUAAAUAUUUUAGAUUUUUGGAUUCUUGAGUAAUGUGAAAUUCCAUUUACUGCUGUUUAAGCAUAUAAAUAUCUGUUUUCUCACUUGACUGGCUCACAAGUCAAAUAAGACUACAUAAGUUUUCAAUCACUGCCUCUCCUCUCCCCAAAAAUCCUUUUUCCAUUUAUUAAAAUCAUAGUGAUAACAGUAUUUAUAAAAUCCAAAACCUGGAGCUAUAAUUUUGCUACCAUAUCUCAGAUAAAGCUGACCUGUUUUUUCCAAUAUUCGUGUCAGAGCCUGAGGGUGUUUUGUGUCCUAUUAGUAUGAAGAGGUCUAGGUAAUAUAUGAAAGAGGAGUAUAGAGCGUAUUUGUAUACAUCUCUCCAGUGCCAGUGAACUUUUGGGCAACCAAAAGUUGUGCACCAUUGCAAAUUAGAUUAAGGAAUUUCUGUUACAAGAAGUGGUUCAAGCAGUGGCAUGCUGCAUGAGCGAAAUAGCAGAUGAACAAAUGUAUUUUUGAGAUUUUCUGUUCUUGAUUCAAAACAAAACAAACCCACUGUGAGUGUCAGAUGCUAAAGGGACUGUACUCAAAAGUAAUAUUUUCUGUAAUUUGUAGACAAGCUACACAGCAGAUAAAAUGCUGGACCAGUGGAAGCUCUCUAGUGAAAGUACCAUUUAACUACAGCAUUCAUCUAUUAUUUGGCAAAUAGAUUUAAACUUCCAAAUGCAAUUUACACAGAAUUCCAAAUAGCCUUCAUACAAUAAUGUUACUGCUUGGAAGUCUCUUUUGCACACACCUGAAUGGAAAUGGUUUGGAGAGGCUUUUUUAACACUUUGCAAAGGAACUGACUUUUCUUUUCCUUGGAGAAAAAAAAUGAUGAUGUUGAGUGUGGGAUGCUUAGUAUUUGAAACAUGUUCUGUAAAAGAAUUAAAUCAAAAUGGUUUAGCACUAUUAGAGUACUACUAUAUCUUCUCCUUCUGCAGACUUGAGGUGACAUUUUAUUCAGUCAGAAAAGGAAACAUAUUAAGGUAAUGAAACUAAUCAAAAACAUUGCAUUUAUAACCUUUACCUUUACAGCAGCUAUUGUGAAUUCAGAGUAUGUUUGAAGACCCACAAACCAGCCUUCUACACUAUCUUUCAAGUAGUGGUUUCAAACCAAAGAACAAUUUCCUGACUGAAUCAUCAAACUAGGUAUCGGGACACCUGAGUAUUAUGCCUUCAGGCAAGUUAUACACUAAUUUUCAGGUGUUAUGCACUUCUUUAAAACAGAAUUGCAAGAGCUCAGCACCUCUGAAAUUUGUUUUUAAACGAUUUUGGGAGUAUCUUCCUUACAGAUAUAUUGAAAAGCUGUUUUAGUGUUUGUAAUACAUUUUGAAAUGCUUAGUAAGAACGUGUUGCAGAAAUGCAAUCAUUACUAAAAAAUGUUUCAUUGAAACAGUCCUGUUUUUUUCUCAUCUCAGUGCAGUACAGUUCAAACUACCUUUAAAAUGUCUCCCAAUUAAACUUUACUAUUCAUUAUACAGAACAGAGUAAGAGGUAGAAGGAGCAUGCAAUGGAUUCCCGGGGAUCUGCUUUUAGAUGAAGGCUGAAGACUGGAAGAUCGUAAGCAAAAGGUGAAGAGCAAGCAGUGGCAGAAGUAGGACCUGAUGAUCACAUGGGUUCCCCCUGCUUGAAAAGAUCCCUACUGAAAGGAUCCAGAAGACAUAGUGAGAAAAUAGAAAUAUUAGCCUUGCUUUUGAUAAUAUUAAGAAGUGAAACAGAGGUCAGAACUCAGUAGGCUUGCAGAACUGAUCAAGGAAGUAGCCAGAAAAAUCAAAGUCCUGAUUCUUUGUAAUGGAUUGCAUUAUGUAUUAGAGGCCUCAUACCUUUUGGUUUACUGGUGUAGUUGACAUGUGAUACUUGUGUUUAGGAAAAGUACAUCGUGUAAUUAAGAGAAGAAAUAGCAGUAGCUGGACAGACCAGUGAGAUUUGGGUGAGCCUGUUCAUGAGUGCUUGGAGAUGGAUGCAAAACAAAAAGUUGAUUUUCCAACAUGAUUUAUUUAGAAACAAAAAAUCUAUUAAAGGCUAAUACUUACCAAUAAAUGUAUCAAAUGCAAAAGUUAGAAUAAAUCUAUCAAAUCCAUGAAUAAGAAGUUUAUAAAAGUGAUCAACACUCAGAAGACCAGUACCUACAGGAUCCUUAAUUAAGGUGAUCUUGAGUCAAACCAGAUUUUACUGGAAACCUCAAUAUUACAAAUAUCACUUCAUGCUACAUUAACUAGACUACGGUAACUUGUAAAAUUGUUCAACCAAGGGCGGGCACAUGUGCUAGACUGGUGAAUUAAGCAAAAGGAUGGAGGAAAAGAAGAACUGCUCAUUUUCCUUUCGCUACCUUUCCCUGCAUGAAGACUGCAGAUAAUUUUUGCAUUCUCCCAUUGCUAGCUUUUCCAGCUCACUUUGCGGGACUUGCUUGACAGGAGGAAAACAGUGCUAAAUUCAUUUGGCCACUGUAAUUUUUUCCAGUUUUCUAUUCUUGUUGAUUUGCAAACUCUCAGUUGACUGAGUUAUGAGUUGUUUGUCCAACAGCGCCUUUGUUCUGGUCUGUGCUUCAGCAAAAACUGGAAAAACCUGUUCACUUUCUCCUUCUUUUUUUUUUUUUUAAUCUUCCUCUCCCAUUGGUAGCUGCAGCUUGUAAUCAUGCAGGCAAGGUGGUGCCUACCUUUCAUGUGGAAAGCUGUCUUACAAAAACUGAGGUUGCGUUUUCCAGAGCUUUUCUAACCUCAUGAAGUUUUUGGUGGAUGCUCCAGGUUCUCCACAAACUGUAUUUAGGUCAUUAUUUUAUUUUUCUUCAAGCAAAGUGUUUGAUUGUGUCUCCAGUCAAGCCUUUUAAAUAAUAAUUUGUACACUCUGGGAGAUCUGCAGGAACCAGUCUUGUAAAAUGUAGCUUUUUGGACACAGAAGAUUGUCUGCUUUACAGCAGUCGCAUAUGGUGUGAUGUUAGCUUCUGUAAGACAGAACAAACACUGAGGAAGCUAGCUAGUGCAAAAAGUGGACAAGUUGAGAAGAAACUUUUCUUUCCAUCUCCUUAGUUUUCUUCUUGCUUGGUGCUGCUAUUGGAACAAGAAUGGGUCAACUAUGUGGACGAUGCAUGCAGCUGCUGCGGGACUUCGUAGCCUUUGUUCAGAGGAUGUCCUCCGAUUUGGUGCACAGUGUCAAGGAAUGCUUGAUUCUGAUAAGCAAAUGCUCCUGCUUAAAACAAAACAGCUCUAAAACCAGACAGCUGUACAAGCCCAUCCUACAGCCUCAUGAGAGGGUGACAGCACAGGAGUUUCUGCAGCACAUUGAAACCGGUUUUGAAAUGUCACCCCUUGGAAAGGACCCCCUGGAGGCCUUGAGGACCUUAGCCUUUUCAGAAAACCCAGGUUUACAGCAGUCAGCUGCCCUCUAUUACCUGCAUAUGAGUCAGCACAUGAACAUCCCCCUGCCUGUGGAGCAUCUGGAACCCUUCUAUGCCUUACUACGGUCUGCUGACCUGGAGGUGCAGCAGAUGUCUUCCUUGUCCCUUGUCAACUUCUUGCUGGAAGGACACAUUGACAAAGAAUUAGUUGUUCAAAUGGGUUUACUUGAGCCAAUUCUGGAUCUACUUGAGUCAGAGGAUCCCACUGUCCAGUGUAAUUCCUGUGCCUGCAUCAUGACUUUGGCUGUUUCAGAGUCCAACCGAGAGGCUAUUGGUGCUGCUCGAGGAGUUACACCCCUACUGUCUCUUGCCAAGUCCUAUGAUCCCAGAGUCCAACAAAAUGCAGUUGGUGCUGUUCUCAACCUCACACAAUCAGAGAAAAUCCAACAGGUCCUAUGCAAGGAAGGAGCCCUACCACUUCUUGCCUUGCUGCUGGAAUCUCCUGACUCAGAAGUGCAGUAUUACAGCUGUGCUGCCCUAAGCAACAUGGCAGCCAACGUUCAGCACCACAAAGCCUUGCUGAGACCCGGUGACAGAUUCCUGCUACGGACACUCAUCUCUCUCCUAUCCUCUUCUGUGGACAAGGUUUCAAGCCAGGCAUGUGUUUGCCUAAGAAAUUUGGCUAUCAGUGCGGACAUCCAGGCCGAGAUGGUUGCUGAGAAUGUCCUGUCCAAGCUGUGCUCUCUCCUGGCAUCUGGCAGUGAGGACGUGCGUCGUGCCUCCAUCGCUCUGCUCUGGAUACUGUCCCAGCACCUGCACAACCAGGACACUCUGGCAUGUGCUGAGCUACUGCAGAGCCUGGGGAUGUUACUGUCGGUGCAUAAAACAGACCCUGUGAUUGUUGGACAUACUGCUUGUAUCAUCAAAAACCUGAGCCUUUCCAAAAACAGACAGAGAAUCAUGGAGAGCCGGUGUAUUGAAGGUCUCCUCCAGACCAUGCUUUCUACCGACACUCAAGAGGACUCCCUUCGUUACGUGACAUCUUGCCUUGCUGAACUUGCAAAGCAAGAAGGAGCCACACUACACAUGGUCCAAUGGAUGGAUGAACAUUUGACAAAGUGCCUGGUGAGACUGGCUGGCCAACUGGAACACACUGAGUCAUCCUUUCAAGCUGCCUCCAUCAUCCAGCACAUGAUAGGUCACGAAAAAAUGAUGCUUUUAUGGAAGCAUCACAUUGGAGAGAUUCAAGCGUAUCUCAAGAAUUUUCUUACCCACCGAGAGAUCCGGUUUCAGCAGCUGGGCAUCUCCACAUUCUGCAGACUACGAAAAGAUCCAGAAUUUUCAUUAGCAUUCAGAAAAAGCCAAAUGGCCAAACUCCUUGAGCAAGUCCGUCAACAAACAGAAGAAACUCAAGAGCUCCUUAAGGCAGCUAUUUGCCAUGAAGACAGUUAAGCCAAAUGGCUUAUGAAAACUUAUCACAUUCAAGAGUCUGAACUUUCAGAGAAAACAACUCUUUUCAUUGAUUCCUGUAGUUAAAAGUUUUCCUGCUACUUGCAGUUUCAUCACACAGAAGAGAGGUUCUGAUAACAAGAACUGGAGCACGUCAAAAACCAAUUCCUUGAACAUUUUGGUUGGCUUCUUAAGUGUGCUUGAGGACAAGACUAUGGUCCUUUCCAAAUGGGGUGUGAAAAACACCCGUUAUGCUUGGUUAAUCCUCCAUGGUUUCUUUUUGGUUUCCUCACCACCACCCCCCUUCAAAAAAAAAAAGCACUGUAUUCAUGAGGUUUUCUUCAUAUAACAGGCCAAUUCCAUCUCAAGUAUGUGGGUUACUCUGCAUUCAUCUUUGUUUCUGUUCCAUGCCCCUUAUUUCAGAGCACACUCCAGGGUCUUUGGAAAAUAACUGAAUUAACCCGCAGCAUAAAAGUAGAAAACUACUAACAGGUUACUACAGAAAGUAAGUGAUGAGGGACAGUUCAGAAAUCGCAAGAAAUUUGUAAGAGACAAGAAUGGGGCAAGCCUUCUGGCUGAUCCUUGUCCAAAUUAUAGACACUACUCUCCAGCAGAGGAGCAAAGGCACAUUUAAGGCAAGUAAAAUGUUGCACAGAGCAUGUAUACAAUACAGUAGCAACCAUGAAUUAUUUGGGUGACGUGUUUGAAUACAGAGAUCUGUGUUCUGCAAAUGUUAAAUUAUUUCCAAAGGUACUUGCAACAGGGAAAAAGUAAAAAUAUUUGGUAAAAUUAGGAAUUGUUCUUGUACUUGGAUGCUGAUACUUCAUUUUAAAAAGAGGUAAAGAACAAAAAAACCUAGUAAUAUGUUUAAAUUCAACUAAUUUUCUUACAUGUAUACAGAAUAUGGGACAACCUCCCCUUCCUUCUCCUCCAGAGAAGAAGCUCUCUCACAAAUUCUUAGCCAAUCAAACCAGUAUUUUUCAGGAAAAAAAAUGUAGCACAGAGCUUUGAAAUUAUGGGGCACUGUUUUUUUAAUAUAGGUUUUAAUUUGUGAGAGAAUAGUAAUCUAAUAAUCAUAAAAAUAAUAACGACAAAAAUAAUAAUCUAUUAGUAAUCCAAUUCCAUCUUUGAUCAAUACACUGGUUUUUGAAUAAAAAAAUCCUCCUGAAGCUUCACGUUGAACUAGCUGGAAUACUGAAAUUCUGGAACCACUUUUAUAAGCAAGCAUCUGCUGCUAGAUAGCAGUUUCUUGUGAAAACAUUUCAGAAGUUUCCUGACCGUCGUGGUGUAACCCCAGCUGGCAGCUCAGCCCUAUGCAGCCACUUGUUCACUCCCCCUAAAAGUGAGAAGACUUGUGGGUUGCCAUAAAGACAGUUUGACAGGGAAAGCAAAAGCCACGCACACAAGCAAAGCUCUGCUUGUGUGUCCACUUCCCAUGGGCCAGGCAGGUGUUCAGCCAUCUCCAGGAAAGCUGAGCUCCCUCAUGUGUAAUGGUUACUUGGGAAGACACACACCAUAACUCCGAAUACCCUCCCUUUCCUCCUCCUUCCCCUCCCUUUAUAUGCUCAGCAUGACACUGUAUGGUUUGGAAUGUCCCUUUGGUCAGCUAGGAUCAGCUGUCCCAGCUGUGUCCGCUCCCAACUUUUUGCGCACCCUCAGCCUCCUUGCUGGUGGGGUGGUGUGAUAGGCUGACUCUGGGCAAGCGCUGCUCAGCAGUAACUAAAACACAUUGUUAUCAACACUACGUUCAGCACAAAUCCAAAACACAGCCCCCCUCUAGCUACUGUGAAGAAAACUAACUCUACCCCAGCCAAAAGCAUCACACUGUAUUUUGAGGUACUCCUGAUCAUGUUAUAACUCUUAUGUGCAUGUAGAGCUUUAGAGCUGCUAUUGGCUACAAACAUGGAAUAAAAGUGAGAGUAAAAAAAACAGUUUAAGAAAAUCAUUUUGUCAAUUAAGAGCUCAAUGUUGCAUUUUAAUGUGGCCCAAAUCUUUAAGCUUAAUUUUGGUGCUUUGGGGAAACAUUUUUGAUAAUGAUACCUUUUAAUAUCUGCAAGUUUUUUCCAACAGUACUCAUUGGGAAACAAACAAACCAACCCACGUAAAACCAAACAAAACAAACUCCACACUCAAAAUCCUCUCUGCAGUGCAGUAAGAGGGCCUGGUAGAGUACAGGGCAGACAGAAACCUCAGAUAAAGCAAUAUGGCAUUUUCAAUAUUCAUGUGUGACAGAAAUUUUGUUUUGAAAUCUCAUAUGAAAAGCCAUGUGCUCAACUUUGGCCAGGUCGACUCAAUGAAACAGAGGACUGACUGAAUGACACAGCUGGGAACAAAAUCCCAAAAUCUCAAAACUUCAGACCACCUAUGUGGGUCACUUUAGAUGAGUUUCCAAAAAGAAAAUUAGUGCAAUAUUAAGUAAUUAUAUCAGAAUCUGUCCUGUAUCUGUAUUCUUGGGUAUUUAAUUGCAAACAUUAUUUCAAAGUCUUAGCAAGAAAAAAAAUAACAAAGUAUUCUUUAUCAGGAAUGAGGAGAUAAAAGAUGUGAAACAAGCAAAGCUAAUAGUGAACAACCCACCAGUCGUGAUGUUCUGAACUACACUCAUUUAUGUUGUGCUGUUAAGAUGUGAGCAAGGAGCUGAGUCUUUCCAAAGCACAUAGCUCACUGAUGUGAAAGGUUACUACUCUGUACCUUCAGUACAGCUGUCUGCAACUUCUACAGUUGCUAGUUCUACCUCACUGAGUAGUUCAGUUUUGCCUCUGAUAGUAGACAACAAAAUCAGUGGCAAUAGAAGGGAAAGGAGCUGGCCUUCACUCAAUACUAUAUUUUAUUGUCAAGAACAACACUCAACAGAAGAGAAACUAUUUUCCCCUUCAUUUUAAGAAAGAGAAUUAACCAAAAGACUUAAAAAUUCAAAAUUCAAUCUUUUUUUUUUUUUUUAAACUGAUACACCUAAUUCUACUUGCAAUUUCUCAGUCUUUGUUUUGUUGUCAGGCCCUUGAAACAGAGGAAAUUCUCUCUCAUUUGAAGCAAACCUGGACUGAAUGUAGUGAUAAAUUGUUAAAAAAAAAUCAAACCAAAAAAAGCAAAGUACAGAUGAGAAAUGAAGCAGGGCCUUAAUCUGUGCUGCAAACAGUGAAGCAAGUGUUCUGAAGUCUCACAAAAAACAGAUCAGCAAAAUAUAGACCCAAGCCAAAAUAGCUCAAGAUCAACAUAAUUUAAACCUGAGCCUAAAUGAAUCCCCAGACUUAAAACUGAAGCCAAAUCUUACUGGCUGUUUUUUGUUCAGUUUGUAGCUGCAAGUGACUUUGUACUGAUUUUCUAUUUAAAAAUGAGAUGAAACCUGAAUCAAGUUUUAAGCAGACCAGGAGUAGUGAGAAGAGUUUUCCACCAGAGAUUGACUCCUGCUUCAGCUAUGCAAGAAAAUGAAAAUAUAAGUAGAAAUAAAUAUUUCAAACAAGUUUUAUUUGGUACUUACAUGCUAUAUAUAGUUUUAAAGAAAAACUACAUAUUUUGGACACUUCAAAAUAUUGUGGCUAUGUACAUGGAAAACUAAAGAAAGCAAGAAAGGAACCCAAUUCAUUUUACUGUGUCACAAGUUACUAUUGAAAGCAUUCUGACUGAAUGGCUGUUUUUUUCCCUUCCAUAUAGAUUCUGGCAGAUGAAGUCUCUUUCAUUUUAUUUCCAUUGCUUUUAUCCCAUCUCCUCUAUAAGAUGAACACUUGGCAGCAGCAGAAGUUUCUUCAAAAAUUCUUCAGCUUUUGUCUCAGAGGAUUUCUUCUGCUAGCAUAGACUUUCUGCACAGCUUCCUAGAGGCCUCGCUCAGUGCUCACUAAAGGCAAGUACAGGAAUCUUAAUGAUACAUUCUCUCUUAGCAUGAGCUGAAACCCCGUGAACCUCCAUUUCCCUUGCCAAGGAUCUUCUCACUGACUUCAGAGAGCAAUGCCUCAAGCCCUCCUUGAUGCUUCAAACUCAAAUGCCUAGAGUGAGCUCUGCCUGCAACAGCAUUGUUUAGGAAAGCACAAAAACGUGCAAAAUUUUACAGUUCUGCACAACACAACCGAAAGUGAGGGAUGGAACAAUGACAGCAGAAAUCACCAUCAAACUAAAGAGAAAGCAACUUGCAUUGCUCCUCUUAUCACUCAAACUGCACUGCUUUAUAAAAACCACACACUGCAUAAAAAGCACAAUGACCAUUUUCCAUUUGCUCUGAAACGAGCAAAACCAAAAAAUCCCAAACCUGCAUCAUCCAAAAUCAAAUAUUUCAGGUUUCACACAGUCUUCAGUAGUUUGAUAAGGCAAAGGAAAAGUCUUCCAUCAUUGGGAACAGCAGCAACUUACAGGACUCAGAAUAAGGUAUUUCCUUGUGUGUGUGUGCACACGUUUGUGUGCAUAUGCAUACACAUCUUUUAUAGGUUUGUGAACAUGGACGUAACCAAAAAAAAAAUCAAGUUUGCAGUAUCUUUUUACCACAUUUGUCUAAUUUAUUCAAUUAAAUGAUUUAUUUCUGUACUGAGCAAAAUUCAUAAAUACAUAAUCUAGAAGAACAAUAGGUUUUCCUCUUGUCCAUGAAAAAAUAACGCUUUCAAAUUUUCACAUUUUAAAAUCUGUCUUGUUUUGUGUUUUUAGAGAAAAUGUGAGAAGAUCAUAGUGACGUCUCAAUUUACAGAAUGUCUCUGUAGGGAUUUCAUUUAAAAGAACCUGAUACAGAAGCCUAUAGUUUGCCUCCAUAAUUAGAGUUCUCUGCAAUAACAUUUAAACCAACAGGUUUAAAUAAAACACCCCAUUAGCUCUACUUGUAGAGCAACGAGGCAUUUAUUUUUCAAGUAUUAGAACCACAAAGUGUAAAAGAUUCUUUGCCAAUUUUAUAAUUAUGCCUUUUAAACCAACACUCACCUUUUUUAAAAAAGCAAAAAAGAAUCAGUCCCACCACCCAAAUCAGCCCAUUACUUUCAGAUUCCAGUGUCUGGUGUCUUAAGGAAUGCAGAAAUAUCCAUUUACUAACAAAAAAAAGCUCGUUGGAAAUAGCCAUAUUAAGUAACGCACGUGAAGCAUGAUUUUUCUAGUGAUGAAAGCUAUUAGAAAGGUGAUCCAAGUCUAUUCCCCUCUUUUCUUCUGCUGGUUUUACUAAAGUCCUUCCAAAAAAGAUAUUCAAGAAAUCUUUAAAAAACUGGAGAGAAAAAAUAAAACACUCCUUCAUAGCAUGGAAAAAACUCCACUGACUGCAGAGACGCUCAUAUCACCUUUGGUUCUUCAGAAGAAACAAUCAGAUCACUUCUACAACAGAAAGUAACAAAAAUGACAGGUCAGAGUGGCAAAGCUUACUUCAAAAUGUUACAUGCUUAUGCAAUUAAGGAUUUUCCUUACAUUUUCUGGCCACAGAAAAAUAAAGGAGUAUCCAAUUUAA